UCUAACUGUGGUUUUAUCUUCAACAGACAAGCAACAGAAAGGUGAAUUUGCAAUAGAUGGCUAUGAUGUCAGAAUGAAUAACACUCUUAGGAAGGAUGCAAAGAAAGAUUGCUGCUUUGAAAUCUCUGCUCCUGAUAAACGGAUCUAUCAGUUUACAGCAGCUUCUCCCAAAGAUGCUGAGGAAUGGGUACAGCAGCUGAAAUUUGUAUUACAAGAUAUGGAAUCUGAUAUUAUUCCUGAGGACUAUGAUGAAAAAGGAGAAUUAUAUGAUGACGUUGAGCAUCCUCUACCAAUCAGCAACCCACCAACAAGUGGGCAGCCAAUAGACGAUGAAAUUUAUGAGGAACUUCCAG